CAGUUUGAGCGGGAACAUGGCCGCAUCCAGCAUUGCUGUGGAUCAGGACCACUUCACUUGCUCAAUAUGCUUUGAUCUCCUGACCGAACCUGUCACCAUUCCGUUCGGACACAGUUACUGCAUGGCCUGUAUCAAAACCUACUGGAACGACGACAAGCGUGUCCACAGCUGCCCCCAGUGCAGACAUGGCUUCACAACUGUGCCUCAUCUUGGAAAGAACACCGUGCUGGCUGAGGUUGUGGAGAAGUUUAAGAAGAUGGCCGACCAGACUCCACACCCUCACCCUCUGGCCGUCUGCAGCGCCGAGCCGGGAGAUGUGGUGGAGUGUGAUGCCUGCACCGGAGCGAAGGACAAAGCCAUCAAGUCCUGCCUUGUGUGUCUCGCCUCCUACUGUGAGCUUCAUCUCCAGCCUCACCUCUUGUCCUCGGCCUUCCAGAGGCACAAGCUGGUCGACGCCACUGGCAAGCUGCAGCAGAAGCUCUGUCCCCAACACAACAGGUUACUGGAGAUCUACUGUCGGACUGACCGACAGUGUAUCUGUUACCAGUGCAUGAUGGAUGACCACAAGGGACAUGACAGCAUCUUGCCAGAGGCAGAGAGGACUGAGAGGGAGAAGGAGCUUUGUAAGACCCAAGAGAGAGUUCUGAAAAGUAUUGGAGAGAAGGAAAGUUCUGUGCAAGAUCUGGCCAGGACUAUGAUUACACUCACGAACUCUGCUCUGGCAGCAACCGAAGACACAGACAGCAUAUUCUCAGAGCUCAUCCAGGCCCUUGAGAGAGGGCGCUGUGAGGUGAAGGAGAUGAUCCGAGACCAGGACAUGGUGGUGGGGAGUCAGGCCGAGGGGGUCCGGAGGAAGCUAGAACAGGAGAUAGCAGAGCUACGGGUGACACUCUCAGAGCUGGAAAAGCUUGCGCAUACACAGGAUCACAUCUUCUUUUUGCAGGGCUUUGACCGUCUCCCUGCAUGCAAAGCACUCCGGGAUAACACCAACAUUGCUCUCAAUACAUACACCUCUUUUGGAUGUGUGACAGCAUCUGUCACAAACCUGAAAGACAAACUAAUCAACGUAUGCCGGAAGGAAUUAAGGAACAUCACCACAAUAGUUAAUCAAGUCCGCCUUAUUGAGGGGAAAUGGAUCCGAGCAGAGUUGUUACAGGUGGCUUGUCAGCCCACUCUGGACCCCAACACAGCCAACAAAACCCUGUGCCUGUCUGAAGGUAACACAAAGGUGACUGGUGGGAGCCUGAUUCGGCUCUCCAAGGACAACUCUGAGAGGUUUGACGUGCGACCCCAGGUGCUCUGCCAGGAGGCCAUGAGAGGGCGCCAUUACUGGGAGGCAGAGUGGACAGAGCGGCAUGGACUGUGCAUAGGAGUGUCCUACAGAGAAAUCAGUCGGAAAGGGAAGGGGCAUGAAAGUGGCCUCGGCCACAAUGACAAGUCCUGGACACUGAGCCUGUCCAGUAAAGCCCAUUCAUUCUGGCACAAUAACAUGGAAACGGCCCUAUCUCUUCCCACAAACGUGAAGUCGGGAAGAGUAGGUGUUUACCUAGACUAUAAGGCAGGAAUGUUGUCCUUCUUCAGUGUAUCUGACACUCUAAAUGUGCUUCACACAGUUAAAACAACAUUUGAUCAUGUCCUAUAUCCUGGGUUUGCAGUGGGCACCAAUUCGGUUGUUAGAAUGUGUCCACUAAAUUUGGAUACAAAUGAUCUCCAGAGCUCAUCAAACACUAGAUAAGGCCUUGCCCUGGGAUCAGAGGUUAAACUCAGGCUGACUCAGAACAAAUGACAAAAAUCACUGUAACAUUUGAAAAAGUGGCUGUGGUAGCCUAGUCAUUGGGAUAAUAAAUCCAUAUCAAAACUU